GUGGACGGCGUCAGGAAAGUUUUGUGAUGAUGGGAUCAUUCGUGUGCUAUUUUCUUUUACUGACACUCAACAGUUAUCAAAUCUUGUCGUUGGAGGAUCACACAGUAUUUCAGCCGCCUCAAGAGGCCAACAGAGUUUUCCAGCGCCCCAGACGUGCUAACAUGUUUCUUCUGGAGGAGAUACUGAAGGGAAAUCUGGAGCGGGAAUGUUUCGAAGAGAGAUGCAGUCGAGAAGAAGCCCGAGAGUGUUUUGAGAAUGACCAGAAAACUGAAGAGUUUUGGAGUAAAUAUUACGAUGGAGACCAGUGCAGAUCAAACCCAUGUAAACAUGGAGGAACGUGUCGAGAUCUGAUUGGAGGUUACAGCUGUAAAUGCACCGAGAUGUACAGCGGUGUAAACUGUGACACAGAUGUUUCUCAGUGUCCGUCUGAAGGACCGCUGGUCUGCGAGCAUUUCUGCAGACCCACAGACGGCUCGUAUCGCUGUUUCUGUGCACAGGGAUACACACUUCACAGCAACAAGAGAAACUGUUUACCUCAUGUUCUGAACCCUUGUGGGAUCUCAGAAAACUUCAACCAAACCAGCGGCAGAGGCAGUAACAUCAUCUGUCCUGAUGGACGCUGUUCAUGGGAGGUGAAGUUUUUAAACACUGAUGGUGAUGUCAUCUGUCACGGUGUGAUUCUGGGCCAGAGGUCUGUACUGACAUCAGCCGUGUGUAUGUCUAUGGUGAAAGACCUCAACAUCACUCUCAUUUCAGCAGGUCAUCAAUCAAACGUGAGUCUGCAGACAUCCAGCUGGACGCCUCACAAGAGGUUUGUGUCCGGUCAACUGGAUGAUAACCUGGCCUUCCUCGUGCUGAAAGAGUCCAUACCACAGGAGAUGGGUGUCAUCCCAUUGUGUCUCCCGGAGAAAGAUUACAGUGAAAAUAUUCUGAUGAGGAACGGCCGAGAAGGUGUGGUCAUGGGCGGGGCCGGACACACCUACCUCUCAUUGGAUGACUGUCAAGAAUCCCUCAACCUCACGUUCCUGAUGACCAAUAAGAUGUUCUGCAUGAAAAAGCUUAAAUCUGGUGUACCUGUGAAGUCCAAACCGAUGAGAGAAAAGAGGUGUGAAAUAAAGUCUGGGAGUCCAGUCGCUACGGUGGAGGGAAAAACGGCGUUCCUGACCGGAAUCUCUCUGUCCAGUGGAGACUGUAAGGACGGACUCGUGUUUACUAAAUUAUCAAGAUACCUGCACUGGAUCCGUCCGCUUCGGCACGCCGCAGAGAAAUGACAAAGAUGACAAAUUAAUCGAAUAAUCAAACCUUUCAAUCAUCAUCUCAGGACACGUGUCAAGAAGUCGACGCAUCAUGUUAUACACAAAUCAAAUUAAUAUCUCCCAUUACCCAUAAUGCAAAGCAACAAUUAAAACACAAAGAUUAAGCGACAGCAGAUACAUUUGUUUUGACUGAUAAUGAAACGGAUCAACUCAAAUAUCAUUUACAUGAAUUUGGUUUAUUCAGAUCUAGUACUUCUCUUUGCAUACUACUGUAUAUAGUAGAGAAGUAUGCAUGAUUGGAUGGGUGGAGUCAUUUGAUUUCUAGACUGUUUGAGAGAAAAACUUUACAUUGCAGUCACGAGACUUUGGGGGAAAGUGGCCUAAUGAUCAUGAAAAUAUAAAUAAUAAUAUAAAAAUAACACCCACAAGGCAACACA